ACUCUUGAGAGUGUGGACAACUCCCCAGGUAAUUCUUGGCCUCUCUAGACAGCUUCAGACAUUACUCAGGCACAUGCUGACUCCUCUAGAAUCCUUUCAGUCUCUCUAGACACUCCUUCAGGACUUCCUCACCCCUUCGAGACACCUCUUGUCAGCUCCUCUCAAUGACCCCCCAGCCCCUCUUCAACCCCAGAAGUUAUUCCCCAGGUUCCUCAUAAAUGCCCCCCAAGUCCCUGCCCAUCUCUCUAGUUCCUCCUCCUGGUUCCUCUUGGCCUCUCUAGAAACCCCCAGUUUCCUUGUCCAGGUGGCCUGGGCCCUCUCCAAGCCCCCACCAUCCUGGAGAGGGCCACAUUCUCCUAAACACACACACACACAUAUACACCCAAGUCUCCUUCCGUGGGCCUGGGGAGCGGCAGGAUGGCGGCAGGUGUGGCCACGUGGCUACCUUUUGCCCGGGCGGCCGCCGUGGGUUGGCUGCCCCUGGCCCAGCAGCCCCUACCUCCAGCACCGGGAGUGAAGGCCUCUCGAGGGGAUGAGGUUCUGGUGGUGAACGUGAGCGGGCGGCGCUUUGAGACCUGGAAGAACACGCUGGACCGUUACCCAGACACUCUGCUAGGCAGUUCAGAGAAGGAGUUCUUCUAUGAUGCAGACUCUGGCGAGUACUUUUUCGAUCGAGACCCCGACAUGUUCCGGCACGUGCUGAACUUCUACCGCACCGGGCGACUUCACUGUCCGCGGCAGGAGUGCAUACAGGCCUUUGACGAAGAGCUGGCCUUCUAUGGUCUGGUACCUGAGCUUGUGGGCGACUGCUGCCUUGAAGAAUACCGGGACCGUAAGAAGGAGAACGCUGAACGCCUGGCUGAGGAUGAAGAGGCCGAGCAGGCUGGGGACGGCCCAGCCCUGCCGGCGGGCAGCUCCCUGCGGCAGCGGCUCUGGCGGGCCUUUGAGAACCCUCACACGAGCACAGCAGCCUUGGUUUUCUACUACGUGACCGGCUUUUUCAUCGCUGUGUCGGUCAUUGCCAACGUGGUGGAGACCAUCCCAUGCCGGGGCACUGCACGGCGGCCUCCUAGAGAGCAGCCCUGUGGCGAGCGUUUCCCACUGGCCUUUUUCUGCAUGGACACGGCUUGUGUGCUCAUAUUCACGGGCGAAUACCUCCUGCGUCUGUUUGCCGCCCCUAGCCGUUGUCGCUUCCUACGUAGUGUCAUGAGCCUUAUAGAUGUGGUGGCCAUCCUGCCCUAUUACAUCGGGCUUUUCGUGCCCAAGAACGAGGAUGUCUCUGGAGCCUUUGUCACCCUGCGUGUGUUCCGGGUGUUCCGUAUCUUCAAAUUCUCCAGACACUCACAGGGCCUGCGAAUUCUGGGCUACACACUCAAGAGCUGUGCCUCUGAGCUGGGCUUUCUCCUCUUUUCCCUCACCAUGGCCAUCAUCAUCUUCGCCACUGUCAUGUUUUAUGCUGAGAAAGGCACAAACAAGACUAACUUUACGAGUAUCCCUGCAGCCUUCUGGUAUACCAUUGUCACCAUGACCACACUUGGUUAUGGAGACAUGGUGCCCAGCACCAUUGCUGGCAAGAUUUUCGGAUCCAUCUGCUCACUCAGUGGCGUCUUGGUUAUUGCUCUGCCUGUGCCCGUUAUUGUGUCCAACUUUAGCCGCAUCUACCACCAGAACCAACGCGCUGACAAGCGCCGAGCACAGCAGAAGGUACGCUUGGCAAGGAUCCGGUUGGCAAAGAGUGGCACCACCAAUGCCUUCCUGCAAUACAAGCAGAAUGGGGGCCUUGAGGAUAGCAGCAGUGGAGAGGAACAGACCCUGUGUGUCAGGAACCGUUCUGCAUUUGAGCAGCAACAUCACCACUUGCUGCAUUGUCUAGAGAAGACGACGUGCCAUGAGUUCACAGAUGAACUGACCUUCAGCGAGGCCCUGGGAGCUGACUCACUAGGUGGCCGCACCAGCCGAAGCACCUCCAUGUCCUCCCAGCCAGUGGGGACCAGUAGUCUGUUAUCGUCUUGCUGCCCACGCAGGGCCAAGCGCCGUGCCAUCCGUCUUGCCAACUCCACUGCCUCUGUCAGCCGUGGCAGCAUGCAGGAGCUGGACACGCUGGCUGGGCUGCAGAGGAGCCCUGCCCCUCAGAGCCGCUCAAGCCUCAAUGCCAAGCCCCAUGACAGCCUUGACCUGAACUGCGACAGCCGGGACUUCGUGGCAGCCAUUAUCAGUAUCCCUACCCCUCCUGCCAACACCCCAGAUGAAAGUCAACCAUCCUCCCCUGAUGGCGGCAGUGGCAGGGCCAGCAGCACCUUCAGGAACUCCAACCUGGGUACCCCUUGCCUUCUCCCUGAGACUGUCAAGAUCUCUUCCCUAUGA